AGGAACUAGUUUCCACUUUAUCACACCGGCUGAGGAAGAUGAUGAGGAUGAGGAUGAAGGUGAUGAUCUGUGUGGAAGCGCGUGUCCUCUCUCGUGCCCUCUGCACGUCUUCAUGGACUUCAGUCCCAGUUGGUGUUGAAUCAGAAAUCAGGACGAGCUCACAUCUGAAAAAAAAAGAAAGAAGCGUGAAAGAUCAACAUUAGUAGUGACGCGUUUAAUUUCUGCGUGGAUUUGGAUUAAUUGAUACUCAUCAUUAGGAUUGCUGGCAGCUGCUGUUGAGAGUGCAGUGUUUGAUUCGUGUGUUUAGUUCUUAGAUGAUUUACCAAGAUGGAAGUGAAGGUUAGAGGAAGAGGAGGAAAGAGAGGGAGCCAGUAAUCUGUGCGUAAAAUGGAAAUAAUGCGCAAAGUGUUUGGCAUUUCAUUGCGAUGUUGUUCUUUCUUGUCUUUUCUUUUUGCACUGUGUGUGUGUGUGUGUGUGUGUGUGUGUGUGUGUGUGUGUGUGUGUGUGUGUGUGUGUGUGAGAGAGAGAAAGAGGGAGAGUUUGUGCACGCGUGCUUGUUUAUAACGGAGGGGGGGAAGUCCGUCUGCUUUAUUGGACUGUAUUUGCAUGAAACGAAGUUAUUAUACAAACAGUUGUUCUAUAUGUUGUUUUUUAGUGUAUAUGUGUUUCUAUGAGUCGCAGCCUCUCUCUGAGUGCGUGCGUGAGCGUGCGUAAAGACCGACAGGCUCGAGCGCUUCAUUUCGAUUCACCGGGGACCCCUGCGCGCAACAAGAGCCCCCCCAUGGGUGCAAUAGUGCAAGCGCAGACGGCGGUGAUUGGCCAGAGGUUGAUCAGAUGGUACACUUCCCCUCUGUGUUCAGUGGCACCUCACAACCCCCCCUUUCAGCAAAAACCAAAUCUCGGAUAAAGUAAUGGCAAAACCACUUGGACUAUAAAAGACAACAAAUCAUAUUCCUCCGGAGUAUAUACACCCCGUUGUCCACCCAAUGAGUUCCUAUUUUGUUAACUCUACUUUUCCCGUGUCUCUGCCGGGAGGACAGGACUCUCUCCUGGGUCAGAUACCGUUAUAUUCCUCGGGAUACACCGAUCCGUUAAGACACUACUCCAACGCGGCCACAUAUGGAGCAGCCAACAUGCAGGAGAAGGUUUACCCGGCGUCCUACUACCAGCAGACGGGCGCAGCGGCCGCGGCCAUCUACGGAAGGGCCGGCGGCGGAGCGCCCUGCGACUACAACCCGGUCGGGACUUUCUACAAGGACGCGGAGGGCUCGUGCGCUUUCUCGAGCCGCGACGACCAGCCGCUGUUUGUCAGUCAGGAGCAGCGCAAAGCGGAGUGCCCGGAGCAGGCUGUCAGUAUGAGCAGCAGCAUCGACGACAAGUCCUCCACUCUGAUCUACCCGUGGAUGCAGAGGAUGAACGCCUGCUCCGCCGACACACCACUACAGAUUUCGAGUGCACUCUCAGGUCCAUUUGGAAACAGUGGCCGCAGGGGCCGACAGACCUACACCCGCUACCAGACUCUGGAGCUGGAGAAGGAGUUCCACUUUAACCGCUACCUGACCAGGAGGCGCCGGAUAGAGAUCUCCCACGCACUGUGUCUGACGGAGAGACAGAUCAAAAUCUGGUUUCAGAACCGCAGGAUGAAGUGGAAAAAGGAGAACAAACUCCUCAAUCCGUCAAAGACACCCGAGGAGGAGGAGCAGGCGGACAAGAAGAGCUAAAAGGACACUGAAUAAAAAGGCAUGUGUGUGUGUGUGUGUGUGUGUGUGUGUGUGUGUGUGUGUGUGUUUGUUUGUUUGUGCGCACACUCCCAACAUAAAAUGAUGUAUUAUUUCUUUGUAGAUAAAGUGCUGCAAAUCCCAAGUUAGAGAUGUGAGCGAUAGUAUCUGCACGGUGAUGAUGUCUGCAUUAGAGGUUAAAAUCAGGUCCUCCUCUGUUCGUCCUUGUGCUCGUGUUUUUAUUUAGGGGACUAUGCAAAAAUCCGCCAAAAUGUAUAUACUUUUUAGUGUUUAGUUUUUGACAAUGUUGUUACCUCAUUAUCGUAGGCCUACUGAGUUUUGUUAUUGUUAUUUUUAUGACAUUAAAAGAGGCUUUUUGUCCUUUACUGAACAUCCUGUGGUGUUAGUCGUUCUAUAAUAGUCCUUUUAGGCUUGUUGUGCCAUCGACUCUUCAAUCUGUACAGAUCAGAAAUGUUACAUGUUAUUUAUUGUUGUUCACCUUGUGUUCAAUGCACCUCUGGAUAUUGUGUGCAAUAUUUUGUUUAGGAAAUUGUACAUAGAAAUAAAGGCUUUUUGAUGUA